AUGUUUGCGUGAGUACAUCGUGGAUUUUGCCCCUGAGCGGCCUUGGGACUGAUGACCACCUCUAUCUCCACGCCCGGCCGUUGCUCUCCUCUCGUCCGUUCCCGACUGCUGCAGCGGCCAUCCCGGAACCUCACCCGCCUCGUUCAAGGGCGAUGUCUCGUUCCUGCAACGCGCUGCACUGCGCGGCGAUACGACGCUGCAGCCCCCACCGAGCGGCGAUCCAUCUCUCCCCUUCGGACCAGCCGGAUCGGCCACUGCCCGCCGCCCGAGCGCCAACAACGGCCACAUAGUCGACGACCAGUCUACACACAGCGACGAACAGGACGAUGCUUACAGGGGCAGGGGUCGUCAGAGACGAUGCUCGAGCGGUAAAACUUCGAGGGCGUCCAUCUACUCGCUCGGCGGCUCCAGGCUCAGUCCGACUCGCGAAUCCACCGUCGGCGAAGAGGACGACGAACUCCGCGACGGAGUGAUGGGCCUCGGUGGGGACAAGAGGAACCGGGAUGGACUCGGACCUGUAUUCCUCGAGGAUGAGCCUGAACGAUCACUUUCGCGGACGUUGACCGUCGCUGCGACCUCGGGAACGGUGGCCGUCGAUUUGUCAAAAUCGAUGAGUAUAGCUCCAGCGCCGCAUGCGCCGACAGCACCGACGGCGACCGAACACACUCCUUUGCUCGGCAGCGCCGGUGCAUCGACUCUGGUCAAUGUGCCCCUGCCGGAGGAUGGGCAAAAGGCGCGCGCCGCGUUCUGGCACGAGAUCAAGGUUCUCAUCAGCUACGCCGUGCCGAUUGCGGGCACCCAUUUUCUCGAGUACUCGCUCCUCGUCGUCACCGUCGUUUCGGUCGGGCACAUUGGCACGGUCGAACUCGCGGCGGCUUCGAUCGCGUCCAUGACUUCGAACGUCGUGGCCCUGUCCCUCAUUCAGGGCUUCUGCACGGCCCUCGACACGCUUUGCCCCCAAGCCUACACGUCAAACCCUCGCAUGACAUCCCUGUACGCCCUGAGGACGUUCUUCAUCCUCAUGAUCCUCGUCAUCCCGCAAGUGAUCAUCUUUUGGAAUGCCGAAGGCCUUCUCCUAGCUCUCCGACAGGAUCCCAAGGUCGCCGAGCGAGCCUCGACCUACCUUCGAGCCCUUUCGUUCGGCCUGCCCGGCUAUGCCGGCUUCGAGUGCAUCAGACGAUGGUUGCAAGCACAGGGAAUGAUGGUCGCCCCCGUUGUGACUUUGAUCAUCGCCGCGCCCCUCAACGUCCUUCUCAACUACUUGCUCGUCUGGGGACCCGAUUCCAUUCGACUCGGCUUCAUCGGCGCGCCGAUUUCGACCGCGAUCUCGAUGAACGUCAUGUUCAUCGUGUCCGUCGUCUACGCCGUCCUUGCAGCUCCUCGUGAUGCAUGGGGCGGCUUCUCGAAGGAGGUCUUCCAUGACUUGGGCCUCAACAUCACCCUUGGGCUGGCCGGUUCAGCGGCGGUCGUGUCGGAAUGGUGGUCUUGGGAAAUCGUGGGGUUGGCCUCAUCCUUCCUUGGGCCGACAGCCUUGGCGGCUCAAUCCGUGCUUCGUGAGUUCCCGACAAGGGGCCGGGUCUUAGUGAAUCUGCAGUUUCUUAUUCUGAUUCGAUCUCCACGCAGUUACGAGUGCUUCUUUGUUUUACCAAAUCCCCUACGCACUCUCCGUAGCAGCCGCCGUCCGUGCUGGAAGUGAGUGGCAUGCGUCUCUCUUCGAAUAUGAAUACCGCGAAGCUGACAUCACUUUGAUCCCUAGAUCUCCUCGGUGCUCAACGACCUGACACGGCUCGAAUGACCUCGUAUGCGACCAUGACGGUCAGCCAGAUCCGCUCAUGUCUGAAACCGGUCGAGAUCGGCCCUGACCCCCUGCUCUUUCGGUAUCCCUAACAGCUCGCCAUUGGGGUCGCCGGCAUCAACUCGCUCCUCCUCGUCGUCUUCCGCCACCGCUGGGGUCUGCUCUUCUCUUCCGAGAAAGAAGUCAUCGAAGUCGUCGCCUCCGUACUCGGCCUCGUCGCCGCUUUCCAACUCUCCGAUGGUAUCUCGGGCGCCAUGGCCGGUCUCUUACGGGGAGCGGGUAAAGCAACUUUAGGCGCCGUGCUCAACCUCAUCUCUUACUACGUCGUGGGACUACCUCUGGGAAUGGCUUUGACGUUCGCCGGACCGAAGAUGGGCUUGAAGGGUUUGUGGUUGGGUUUGACGGCGGCGUUGACGGGGACGGCAACAUUGACGACUUGGGUUAUCUUGAGGUUGGACUGGAGGCUCGAGUCGGAGAACGCGAGGAUUCGAAUGAGUGUCGCUAAGAGGGAUGAGGAGGACGAUGGGCCGGAGUACGAGCAGUGA